AUGGCAUCUCAACCCCACACCCACAAAGAUCAAGAUCAAGACCAGCAGAGCCCCUCCGGCUACGAACCAACCUUGCCCAAGGAGGUGGACCUCUCCCGCAUCUACGCCUGUGACAUCUCCCAGUUCAUCACCCGCUUCUUCCAAGUAUCCGACAACCCGGACCUAACAGAGGAAUGGCUCAGCUUCUUUGGAGAUAAAGCCAAGCUCGUGAUGGGGACAAAGGUUGCUAAAGGGAAGGAAGAAAUCCACACCCUGAGAAAGGGAAUGUGGGAGAAAGUCAAGACUAGGAAACAUACUGUUUACAAGGUUUUUCCGGCGCGGUUCCAUCACCUUCAGCCUCGCACCAGUACCGGUGCCGGUGCCGGUGCCGUGGAUGCGGAUGCGGGUGAUGAUGAUGAUGUCCUGGAGUUUAUGGUUUAUGGAUCGGUGGAUUAUACGUUGAGGGACACCGAGACAGGAGAGGAAGAGAAAGGGGAGAGGAUGGAUUGGGCGGCGCAUACGGAGUUAAUUCGGAGGAGUACCGGAACUGGUGUCGUUGGGCAUGGUACUGGGCAGGGUACUGGGCAUGGUACUGGGAAUGGGGAUGGGAAUGGUGAAGCGUCGACGACGAAGGGAAAUACGUCGAUGUUUCUGUUUAACAAGUACAGAGUUUAUUUAUCUCCCAGUGUGGAGUGA